AGGCUUACACCAAUGGCAACGGAAAUGGCAACGGGGCUUACAGCAAUGGCAAUGGAAAUGGUAAUGGUUACACUAAUGGUAAUGGUAACGGUGCUGUUAACGGAAACGGAUACACCAAUGGAAACGGUAACGGAAUUGUCAACGGCAACGGUGCUGUUAAUGGUAACGGAUAUACCAAUGGAAAUGGUAAUGGUUUUGGUCAACGGCAACGGUGCUCUUAACGGAAACGGAUAUGCCAAUGGAAAUGGUAAUGGAUUUGUCAACGGCAACGGUGGUGUUAACGGGAACGGAUACUACAACGGCAUCGUGGACCCCAUCAGCGCCCUUGCUGAUGCUAUUGGAGAGUGGCGGCGUCCCGGCGUGGACUAUCCAUCCUGGCUUCUGUCCCCUUCACUGGAUUCUCCUGCGGCGGACCCAUGCGGAUACUACGCUGACUGCCGCCGGGCCAGCUGUCAGGUGAGUCUUAUACUGCCCCGAGGCCGGCUGUCAGCUGAGUCCCAUACUGCCCCGAGGCCGGCUGUCCUUCAGGUCUUAUACUGCCCCCGAGGCCAGCUGUCCCGGGUAGGUCUUGCCCUUGCCCCCGAGACCGGGUGUCGGGUGGAGUCUUAUACUGCCCCGGGGCCGGCUGUCAAGUGA